AUGGACGGUGGUCAUUUGGAGGCCGCAGAGCGAUCUCGUAUCCGAGCUGCCAUCAAAGAAAAUUUUCGUCGCAUCAGGAAGCAACAGAACCAGGCUCGCCGGCAGCUUCCAGCAGUACCUUCCAAUCUUCAGGCAUUGGGGGAAGCGAGCAGGGCAAAGGACUGUCUAACCCAGUCGGACCCUCAAGCAAGACUGGCGCCUCCAACUACGUCUUUGCCUGCAUCCCCUGUAUCAUCAUCUAAUUGUUCCGUCUCUGUUGGCUACGAGGAGAAUCGCACGCAAGUCACAAGCCCAGCGCCAAGAUCAAUCACUCGAUCCCCUGCUGCUCGCAACGGUAGAACAUUGUGCCUUCACCCUACCCUCCAGACAAAUGUCGAUAUCUUGAGUAUUGAUGGAUACGAAGCUGGAUUGCUAAUGCACUAUUUUGACCAUGUAUUCCCGUGGCAGUUCCCAUACCAUAACUCACACUCACGCACCGGCAACCGAGGAUGGCUACUUCAGCUGCUAACCAAACGCGGUCCCCUAUACCACGCCGCCAUUGGCUUAUCUUCCUUGCAUCAGAGCGCCACGCGAGGUAUAGACGAGAGCUACCUCCAGGAUCAAAAAGUCUUUGACCAUCAUUCCACUGCAUUGCAGGAGCUUUGCGAGUUCUUGCGCUCCGAGAAGGCCACGGAGUUUCACCAGGACGAGCAACUUCUUACCGAGUUCCUUGCUUGCAGCAUCAUGCUGUUGAGUUUCGAGGUAUUGAGGGGAGGAAGAUCCAACUGGCAGCCCCAUCUCAACGCCGUACUCGGCACAAUCAGGUCCAUGUCCCCAGCAUCCUUCAUCGCUGUAGAGAACAACAAACCCGACGGACUGUGCGACCCACCCAAGGGUGCUACCCAACUAACAAAUGAUGGGAAAAGUGCAGGGCUCGAGUUCUUAUUUGCGAAUGCUUUGUGGUUCGAUAUUUUUGCGUGUGUGUCAACGGGUGGUACCCCCGUUCUCCCUUACAGGUCUUGGCUUGCAAUCGAACAGCUCAAAAUGCAGGACGUAAUGGGCUGUCACAACUGGACAUUGGCUUUGAUUGGUGACAUCACACAUCUGCGAGAGUGGAAAGAUGAUAUGGACAAGAAGGGACUUUUGAGUGUCCGCGAGCUUGUUAGUAAAGGGCAGGCUAUCGAAUCCGAACUGGAGGAAAGAAUAGGCCUUUUAUAUUCAAGGAAAGACGAGACCUGUUCGAGGCCCCAUACGACUUGGAUUACCCACAUCUUUGCUCUGGCCGCACUGGUCCAAGUUCACACCGUUAUAUCAGGCCCUCUUCCAUCUCUACCAGAAAUCCAGAGUACAGUGCAAAGAGCGAUAGAUCUUCUGACUUCGAAACCCGAAAACUGUAGCCUGCAAGGUAUCGUGUGGCCAUUGUGCGUCAUCGGCUGCAUGGCCGAGCCACGGCUGCAGUUCUUCUUCGAGAACCUGGUUUCUGGGAUGGCCACCGAAUACAGGAAACUGGGAAACUCGUUGACCGUGCUCCAAAUCAUGAAGGGGUGUUGGAAUUUACAGCAACAAGGGCGCAAGGAUUGUACAACCGCCAUGUCCGAACUGAAUAUCCAUGCUCUAUUGGUGUAA